AAAAACAAAAUGACACCCUGUCCCUGAGACUCUCCCUUAAAUCCUGACUGGUGAGAAGGCGGCAGAAGACACUUGUCGACACCACCAUACUCCCAAAUCUCAAGAUCGCUGCCAACAACGUUCAUCAACAACACGAGUGUUCCACAAACAACACAAGGGGAAUCAUUGCAAACUACACUGGCUGAUAAUACCAUAUGAUCUAAUUGGGCACAUGAUUGAUACUUGACACAGAGAUUGCUUAAGAAAACCUCUUGCUUCUGCUUAAGUAUUGGAAAGUGGGGUCAAGAUGAAUUUCAGAAACUCUGGUGAUAACCCCAUUUGGGAUGCAAUGGGAGCUGGGAAGCCACAAGGGAAUGUUCCUCUGGUGAGACAGUCAUCAUCAAUUUACUCAUUGACUUUUGAUGAGUUGCAGAACACCAUUGGUGGAAUUGGAAAGGAUUUUGGAUCAAUGAACAUGGAUGAGCUCUUGAAAAAUGUGUGGACUGCUGAAGAGACUUCGUCUUUGGCUGGUGGAGGAGGAGAAGGUCAUAACAACCCGGGUGGUAAUUUGCAAAGGCAAGGUUCUUUGACAUUGCCUAGGACUCUUAGUCAGAAAACAGUUGAUGAGGUUUGGAGGGAUUUGCUCAAAGAAAGUACUGGUGGAGCCCAAGAUGGGAGUGGGAAUGGUGGUUCAUCCAUGCCUCAAAGACAACCAACAUUAGGUGAAAUAACUUUGGAGGAGUUUUUGGUUAGAGCUGGGGUUGUGAGAGAAGACAUGCCUCCACAACAAAUUGGAAGGCCAAAUGGAAAUAAUGGAUGGUUUGGUGACUUUUCUAAAUCCAACAAUAACAGUGGUCCACUAAUUCUUGGCUAUCAACACCCAAAUGGAAAUAAUGGGAAUUUGGUUGAGGGAAAUAACUUAGCUCCAAAACACAUUCCUCCUCCAAUAAACUCAAACCAAUCUCAGAGACAAGCACAACAGCAACCUCCACCACUAUUCCCUAAACCAGCAAAUGUGACAUUUGCUGCUUCUAUGCAUGCGUUAAACAAUGCUCAACUUGCUAGCCCUGGGAGAAGGAGAGGGAUGAUUGGCGCCCCGGAACAUUCAAUGAAUGGAACAAUGAUUCAAAGCAGUGCAGUUACUAGUGUUGGAAUGCUUGGUUUAGCCCCAACCAAUGUCUCAGCUCCAGGUGCUUCUCCAGGAAGUAAAAUAUCACCGGAUGGGAUCACAAAGAACAAUGUAGAUUCAAUGUCACCAGUUCCUUGUGUGAUCAACAGGGGAAGGAAGAGUGGUCCUGUGGAGAAAGUUGUUGAGAGGAGACAAAGGAGGAUGAUCAAAAAUAGAGAAUCAGCUGCCAGGUCACGGGCUCGCAAGCAGGCCUACACUUAUGAACUAGAGUCUGAAGUUGCAAAAUUGAAGGAAAUAAACAGGGAAUUGCAAAGAAAACAAGAAGAAAUUAUGGAAAUGCAGAAAAAUAAGGAUUUGAACUCUGGGUACAAGCCAUGGGGAAAUAGUAAAAGACAAUGCUUGAGGAGGACACUUACAGGUCCUUGGUAGUGGAAGACAACGUGAGUUGGUUGGUCCUUGUUUCUAAGUGACAGCUCUACAAAGGAAGCCAUUGUUAUGUCUUAAGGACUGGAGUGUAUAUUCCAGAUGUGAGAUAAAUGCAGUCCAAUGGCAAUAAUAGAUAGGGCGAUAGCUUAUAUGUAUAGGAACUAGGAACUUUAGUUGUACAUUAAUUAAACCUGCAUCUUGUAUAAUAAACUAUUUCAUUUGCUUAUAUGCUGUUGUCUCUUAUGUUGGAUGAUGAUAAGACAAGCCUAUUAGGCUAUGUAAGUUUCUAACCUCAGUGUCCAAUGUAAAUAUUAGUUUGUAUAGUGUAUUAAUCAAUGGACUUGGGCUCUCAUGUA